CUCUAUUCUGCUUCCUGCGGGUUGAAGCAUAGCACGAUUUAUUUUUGUUUUUUUCUUUGGUUCCGUGUUUUUCCUCACUUAAAAUACACUAAAAGGCGAUUAAAGGACUUAUCAAUCAAGGAAAUUGAAGGAAGAAUUCCGCCAAGAUGCUUUGAAGAGCUUCCAAAUAAGGAGCGGGCUUCAAGCCAAUUAAAAUUCAACAGGCAGCAACUACUUAUUGUUUUUUAUUAGCGGAUGCAAUAUUUUAACUUUCCAAGCACGUCUUACAUUAUGGAGAUGAAGUAUCUCGAAAUCGCGAUCUUGUGGUUGUGGGUGAUCGCAGAAGCAUCCGCCAGUCUGGCUAAGUUUACCACCACAACCCCAGUGAGUGCAAAGCAAUUGGAUGUGGAACUGGAGCCCAUCAAUGGGACACUUAAUUACCGGAUGUAUGCUAAGAAGGGCAAGGCAGACAAGCCAUGGUUCGACAGCCUGGACAGCAGGCACAUACAGUGCGUCCGUCGUGCCCGCUGCUACGCCACCACGAACGCCACCAACACCUGUUUCGGUUCCAAACUGCCCUACGAGCUGAGCAGUCUUGAUCUCACGGAUUUCCACACCGACAAGGAACUGAACGAGAAGCUGAACGACUACUAUGCCCUUAAGCAUGUGCCCAAGUGCUGGGCAGCCAUACAGCCCUUUCUGUGUGCAGUCUUCAAGCCGAAGUGCGAGAAAAUCAACGGCCAGGACAUGGUCUACCUACCUUCCUACGAAAUGUGCCGGAUUACCUUGGAACCCUGUCGCAUUCUAUACAAUACGACGUUUUUCCCGAAAUUUCUGCGCUGCAACGAGACUCUCUUUCCGUUGAAAUGCACAAACGAAGCGCGAGGAAUGAAAUUCAAUGGAACUGGCCAGUGUUUAAGUCCUUUGGUUCCGACAGAAACGUCGGCCAGCUAUUAUCCCGGUAUUGAGGGGUGCGGCGUGAGGUGCAAGGAUCCGCUGUACACCGACGAUGAGCACCGGCAGAUCCACAAGCUAAUUGGUUGGGCCGGCAGCUUGUGCCUCCUCUCGAACUUAUUCGUAGUGGCCACCUUCUUUAUUGAUUGGAAGAAUGCUAACAAGUAUCCGGCUGUGAUUGUAUUUUACAUAAAUCUGUGCUUCCUAAUUGCUUGUGUUGGUUGGCUGCUGCAGUUCACUUCGGGAUCCCGGGAGGACAUAGUCUGUCGCAAGGAUGGAACGCUCCGUCAUUCGGAGCCCACGGCAGGCGAGAAUCUCUCCUGCAUCGUUAUCUUUGUGCUGGUCUACUAUUUUCUUACCGCUGGAAUGGUUUGGUUUGUGUUCCUUACCUACGCCUGGCAUUGGCGGGCUAUGGGCCACGUCCAAGAUCGCAUCGAUAAAAAGGGUUCCUACUUUCACCUGGUGGCUUGGUCACUGCCUCUGGUUCUAACGAUAACCACGAUGGCAUUCAGUGAGGUGGAUGGCAAUAGCAUUGUGGGCAUCUGCUUUGUUGGCUACAUCAAUCAUCCGAUGAGGGCAAGCUUACUUAUAGGACCGCUCUGCGGUGUGAUCCUCAUUGGUGGCUACUUCAUUACUCGUGGCAUGGUGAUGCUUUUUGGACUGAAACACUUUGCCAAUGAUAUUAAGUCAACUUCUGCGAGCAACAAAAUCCAUUUGAUCAUCAUGCGAAUGGGAAUCUGCGCACUGCUUACUUUGGUUUUUAUUCUGGUUGCCAUUGCCUGUCACGUAACUGAGUUUAGGCAUGCAGAGGAAUGGGCCAAGAGCUUCAGGCAGUUUAUAAUCUGCAAAAUCUCAUCCGUUUUCGAAGAAAAGAGCUCUUGUCGCAUCGAAAAUCGCCCUAGUGUUGGCAUCCUUCAACUGCAUUUGCUUUGUCUCUUUAGCUCUGGAAUUCUGAUGUCCACCUGGUGCUGGACAACAUCUUCCAUUGAGACUUGGAAGCGGUACAUAAGAAAAAAGUGCGGCAAGGAGGUCGUCGAAGAAGUCAAAAUGCCCAAGCACAAAGUCAUUGCACAGACGUGGGCCAAGCGCAAGGAUUUCGAGGACAAGGGCAGACUCUCCAUAACUCUCUACAACACCCAUACGGAUCCCGUGGGCCUUAACUUCGAUGUGAACGAUCUGAAUUCCUCGGAGACAAAUGACAUCUCCUCAACCUGGGCUGCUUACCUACCGCAGUGCGUAAAGCGUCGCAUGGCUUUGACUGGAGCAGCGACAGGUAACUCUUCUAGCCAAGGACCGCGAAAAAAUUCACUGGACUCCGAGAUAAGCGUGAGUGUUAGGCAUGUUUCCGUUGAAUCCCGUAGGAAUUCGGUGGACUCGCAGGUGUCAGUGAAAAUAGCUGAAAUGAAAACCAAAGUGGCAUCCAGAUCAAGGGGUAAUCAUGGAGGUUCCUCCAGCAACAAGAGAACUCAGAGAAGGAGGGAUUACAUAGCGGCAUCUACUGGAAGAAGCAACAGGCGAAGGGAAAGCAGUACUUCGGUGGAGUCUCAGGUUAUUGCGCUCAAAAAAACCACUUACCCAAAUGCUAGUCACAAAGUGGGCGUGUUUGCCCAUCACAGCUCUAAAAAGCAUCACAAUACUACCAGCUCAAUGAAACGAAGGACAGCCAAUGCUGGAUUGGAUCCCUCUAUCCUAAAUAAAUUUCUGCAAAAGAAUGGCGAGUUCAUUUUUCCCUUCCUCCAAAAUCAAGACAUGAGCUCGAGCUCGGAAGAGGAAAACUCGCGGGCUUCCAUGAAGAUACAGGAUCUCAAUUUGGUCGUGAAGCAAGAGGAGUUUAGUGAGGAUGAUCACGAUGGAAUAAAGAUUAAGGAAUUACCAAAUAGCAAACAGGUGGCUCUGGAAAAUUUUCUCAAGACCAUGAAAAAAUCGAAUGAAUCUCGCAAUUCUGCAAGAAGUCGUCAGUCAAGAAAGUCUCGCAAGAGCCAUCAUAAAACCACUGGUCUAGAGCUGGACUUUAAGAGAGAUUAUGUAAGGAAUCGCUCCAAUGGGUCACCAAGCUGCUCCUCCGAGGAACUGGACGUGGCUUUGGAUGUGGGCAGCCUGCUAAACAGCUCAUAUUCCGGUAUGUCAAUGGGCAAACCUCAGAGUAGAAACAGCAAAACUAGCUGCGAUGUGGGCAUUCAGGCUAAUCCUUUCGAGCUGGUUCCCAGUUAUGGAGACGAGGAACUGCAGAAGGCCAUGCGACUCCUAAAUGCGGCUAGCAGGCAAAGAAACGAGGCGGCUAACGAAGAUGGUGGAGGCACGGAGUUGCAGGCCCUUUUGUGCCAUUCCCAUCGGCAUCACAGAGAGCCCUCGUUCAUGAGCGAAUCUGACAAACUCAAAAUGUUGUUGCUGCCCUCAAAAUAGCAAAAUGAACGAUCAAUUAAUGCAUUUACUUACACUUUCAAAACUGUUUUUAAAGGUCCUUCAAGUCUGUUUCGGUUUUUAUUGGUUUAUAAAUCAAAUGUUGUGGACAAGUAGAUGUUUUUGAUGUCUGAUAAAUUUUAAGGUCUUCACUUGAUUAUCAUUUUUACAUGAUUUUUAUCAUUUCUGUGUCAAUAUCAUUUGCGAACCACAAAAUUUAAUGCUAGAAACUACGCGAAUAAUUCGUAAAAGCUUUUUAAAAAUCUUAUACCAAUCGAUUACUUUGUUGGCGUACAAACCGAUCAGAUUUCAAUCUUUUUAAUGCGUUGAAAUAUUUUUCUAAAAUUCAGCUUACCAUUUAUCUUUGCUGAAAAAUAGCUAAAAGUACUGAAACUGAAUUAUUGUAUAGUUGUUUAUUGAUUCAAAUAUGAAACAUAAGUGAUAUUUUAUAUAAUCUAUUGAUAGAUUUAAACCUGAUCUUUAAAGAAACCUGAGUAGAACAAAUCGAAAUUAAACCACCAUACCGGAAAAACCGAAACAACUACAACUUCAAAUUACGAAUACUCAUAGACAAUAAGCUGCGAAAGUUAUUUUAUAAAAUCAGUGUACGUUUUUGAAUUAUUUUUUUCUUAAUCCUGGUACUUAAGCCAAAAAAAAUCUUCAGGGAAAGGAAAUUAAAUUUAUUUUCCUGAUUAUUUUCCUUUUCCUUUGAGCACUGAGCAAAACCGAAAAAGGCCAAAUGUAUACGUUUCCUUGACUUUACAUUGCGAUGGCGCUAUGGUUUAUUCUUAAUUUUUUUACUGAGCAGAAUAAGCGAAACUACAACUACGAAUUACGAAUACUCAUUUACAUUAGGCUGCGAACGUUAUUUUACAAACUCAUCUUCCCAUUUAGAUAGUAAGCAUCUGUGUACUUUUGUGAAUGACUGUUUCCUUAAUGCUGGUACUCACACUUAAUUUUAUUGAUUAUUUUCCUUUGCCGUGAGUACUAAGCUUUAAACUAGACUUUAGAUUAUACAUUAAAGUAGGAUACAAAUAAGCCUCUUUGGGCAAACAAAUUUUACCUCGAAAAGUGCCUACCAUUUUAUAUAAUAUCUCAUACUUUUGUGUAUGUCAAUAAACCGAUUUGAAAUCCUCGA